CCUCUCCCCGCCAAGUGCUCCUACCCCCAUCUCUUUCUUCCAUGCCUCUGUCCUCACCAAUCAGAUCCCCCCUUCUCCAGCCCGGUACCUCUUUCACCAAUCAGUUUCCCCCCUUCUCCAGUCCUGUACCUCUUUCACCAAUCAGAUCCGCCCCUUCUCCAGCCCGGUACCUCUUUCACCAAUCAGAUCCCCCCUUCUCCAGUCCUGUACCUCUUUCACCAAUCAGAUCCCCCCUUCUCCAGCCCGGUACGUCUUUCACCAAUCAGAUCCCCCCUUCUCCAGCCCGGUACCUCUUUCACCAAUCAGAUCCGCCCCUUCUCCAGUCUUGUACCUCUUUCACCAAUCAGAUCCCCCCUUCUCCAGCCUGGUACCUCUUUCACCAAUCAGAUCUCCCCUUCUCCAGUCCUGUACCUCUUUCACCAAUCAGAUCCCCCCUUCUCCAGCCCGGUACCUCUUUCACCAAUCAGAUCCCCCCUUCUCCAGUCCUGUACCUCUUUCACCAAUCAGAUCCCCCCUUCUCCAGCCCGGUACCUCUUUCACCAAUCAGAUCCCCCCUUCUCCAGUCCUGUACCUCUUUCACCAAUCAGAUCCCCCCUUCUCCAGCCCUGUACCUCUUUCACCAAUCAGAUCCCCCCUUCUCCAGCCCAGUACCUCUUUCACCAAUCAGAUUCCCCCCUUCUCCAGUACUGUACCUCUUUCACCAAUCAGAUCCUCCCUUCUCCAGUCCUGUACCUCUUUCACCAAUCAGAUCCCCCUUCUCCAGCCCGGUACCUCUUUCACCAAUCAGAUCCCCCCUUCUCCAGUCCUGUACCUCUUUCACCAAUCAGAUACCCCCUUCUCCAGCCCGGUACCUCUUUCACCAAUCAGAUCCCCCCUUCUCCAGCCCUGUACCUCUUUCACCAAUCAGAUCCCCCCUUCUCCAGUCCUGUACCUCUUUCACCAAUCAGAUCCGCCCCUUCUCCAGUCCUGUACCUCUUUCACCAAUCAGAUACCCCCUUCUCCAGUCCUGUACCCCUUUCACCAAUCAGAUCCCCCCCACCCCUUCUCCAGCCCGGUACCUCUUUCACCAAUCAGAUCCCCCCUUCUCCAGCCUGGUACCUCUUUCACCAAUCAGAUCCCCCCUUCUUCUGUCCUGUACCUCUUUCACCAAUCAGAUCCCCCACUUCUCCAGUCUUGUACCUCUUUCACCAAUCAGAUCCCCCCUUCUCCAGCCCUGUACCUCUUUCACCAAUCAGAUCCCCCCCUUCUCCAGCCCUGUACCUCUUUCACCAAUCAGAUCCCCCCUUCUCCAGCCCAGGGUCUCUUUCACCAAUCAGAUCCCCCCCAUCUCCAGUCCUGUACCUCUUUCACCAAUCAGAUCCCCCCUUCUCCAGCCCAGUACCUCUUUCACCAAUCAGAUUCCCCCCUUCUCCAGUACUGUACCUCUUUCACCAAUCAGAUCCUCCCUUCUCCAGUCCUGUACCUCUUUCACCAAUCAGAUCCCCCUUCUCCAGCCCGGUACCUCUUUCACCAAUCAGAUCCCCCCUUCUCCAGUCCUGUACCUCUUUCACCAAUCAGAUACCCCCUUCUCCAGCCCGGUACCUCUUUCACCAAUCAGAUCCCCCCUUCUCCAGCCCUGUACCUCUUUCACCAAUCAGAUCCCCCCUUCUCCAGUCCUGUACCUCUUUCACCAAUCAGAUCCGCCCCUUCUCCAGUCCUGUACCUCUUUCACCAAUCAGAUACCCCCUUCUCCAGUCCUGUACCCCUUUCACCAAUCAGAUCCCCCCCACCCCUUCUCCAGCCCGGUACCUCUUUCACCAAUCAGAUCCCCCCUUCUCCAGCCUGGUACCUCUUUCACCAAUCAGAUCCCCCCUUCUUCUGUCCUGUACCUCUUUCACCAAUCAGAUCCCCCACUUCUCCAGUCUUGUACCUCUUUCACCAAUCAGAUCCCCCCUUCUCCAGCCCUGUACCUCUUUCACCAAUCAGAUCCCCCCCUUCUCCAGCCCUGUACCUCUUUCACCAAUCAGAUCCCCCCUUCUCCAGCCCAGGGUCUCUUUCACCAAUCAGAUCCCCCCCAUCUCCAGUCCUGUACCUCUUUCACCAAUCAGAUCCCCCCUUCUCCAGUCCUGUACCUCUUUCACCAAUCAGAUCCCCCCUUCUCCAGCCCUGUACCUCUUUCACCACAGAUCCCCUCUUUCUUCAGUCCUGUACCUCUUUCACCAAUCAAAUCACCCCUUCUCCAGUCCUGGGUCUCUUUCACCAAUCAGGUCUUCCCUUCUCCAGCCUUCUCGUUCACCAAUCAGAUCACCCCUUCUCCAGUCCUGGGUCUCUUUCACCAAUCAGGUGUGAUAGAAUCGGAGGGGCAAGAGGGGGAGGUGUUGCGUUGCUUGUCAGAGAAAAUAUUACAGCGGUGCUCUGGCAGGAUAGAUUAGAGGGCUUGUGUCUAGAAGGCUAUUUGUGUGGAAUUGAGGAAUGGGGAAGGUGUAGUAACAUUUAUAGGGGUGUGUUAUAGACCACCAAAGGAGCAAAUUUGUAAGGAGAUGGCAGAUAUUUGUAGUAAGCAUGGGGUUGUGAUUGUGGGAGAUUUUAAUUUUUCCACACAGACUGGGUAUUGAUUGUGAAUGAUCAGCCAUGAUCUCAGAAUGGCGGUGCAGACUCGAGGGGCCGAAUGGUCUACGUCUAUUGACUGGGAAGCCCAUUCUGUAAAAGGGCUGGAUGGUUUGGAGUUUGUAAAAUGUGUGCAGGAUAGAUUUUUGCAGCAAUACAUAGAGGUACCAACUGGAGAAGGGGCAGUGUUGGAUCUCCUGCUGGGAAUGAGAUAGGUCAGGUGAUGGAGGUAUGUGUUGGGGAGCACUUCGGGUCCAGUGAUCACAAUAGCAUUAGUUUCAAUAUAAUUAUGGAGAAGGUUAGGUGUGGACCCAGGGUUGAGAUUUUUGAUGGGAGAAAGGCUAACUUUGAGGAGAUGCGAAAGGAUUUAGGAGUGGAUUGGGACAAUUUGUUUAUGGGAAGGAUGUAAUAGAGAAAUGGCGGUCAUAUAAAGGUGAAAUUUUGAGGGUACAGAAUCUUUAUGUUCCUGUUAGGUUGAAAGGAAAGGUUAAAAGUUUGAGAGAACCAUGAUUUUCAAGGGAUAUUAGAAACUUGGUUCGGAAAAAGAGAGAUAUCUACAAUAAAUAUAGGCAGCAUGGAGUAAGUGAGGUGCUUGAGGAAUAUAAAGAAUGUAAGAAGAAUCUUAAGAAAUAAAUUAGAAAAGCUAAAAGAAGAUACGAGGUUGCUUUGGCAAGUAAGGUGAAAGUAAAUCCAAAGGGUUUCUACAGUUAUACUAAUAGCAAAAGGAUAGUGAGGGAUAAAAUUGGUCCCUUAGAGAAUCAGAGUGGACAGCUAUGUGUGGAGCCGAAAGAGAUGGGGGAGAUUUUGAACAAUUUCUUUUCUUCAGUAUUCACUAAGGAGAAGGAUAUUGAAUUGUGUCAGGUAAGGGAAACAAGUCGGGUAGUUAUGGAAACUAUGACGAUUAAAGAAGAGGAAGUACUGGCACUUUUAAAGAAUAUAAAAGUGGAUAAAUCUCCAGAUCAUGACAGGAUAUUCCCUAGGACCUUGAGGGAAGUUGAUGUAGAAAUAGCAGGGGCUCUGACAGAAAUAUUUCAAAUGUCAUUAGAAACGGGGAUGGUGCUGGAGGAUUGGCAUAUUGCUCAUGUGGUUCCAUUGUUUAAAAAGGGUUCUAAGAGUAAACCGAGCAAUUAUAGGCCUGUCAGUUUGACGUCAGUAGUUGGUAAAUUAAUGGAAAAUAUUCUUAGAGAUGGUAUAUAUAAUUAUCUGGACAGACAGGGUCUGAUUAGGAACAGUUAACAUGGAUUUGUGCGUGGAAGGUCAUGUUUGACAAAUCUUAUUGAAUUUUUUGAAGAGGUUACAAGGAAAGUUGACGAGGGUAAAGCAGUGGAUGUUGUUUAUAUGGACCAGUAAGGCCUUUGACAAGGUUCCACACAGAAGGUUAGUUAGGAAGGUUCAAUCUUUAGGUAUUAAUAUUGAAGUAGUAAAAUGGAUUCACCAGUGGCUGGAUGGGAGAUGCCAGAGAGUAGUGGUGGAUAACUGUGUGUCAGGUUGGAGGCCGGUGACUAGUGGUGUGCCUCAGGGAUCUGUACUGGGUCCAAUGUUGUUUGUCAUAUACAUUAAUGAUCUGGAUGAUGGGGUGGUAAAUUGGAUUAGUAAGUAUGCAGAUGAUACUAAGAUAGGUUGCUUUGUGGAUAAUUAAGUAGGUUUUCAAAGUUUGCUGAGAAAUUUAGGCCAGUUAGAAGAUUGGGCUGAACGAUGGCAGAUGGAGUUUAAUACUGAUAAGUGUGAGGUGCUACAUUUUGGUGGGAAUAAUCCAAAUAGGAUAUACACGGUAAAUGGUAGGGCAUUGAAGAAUGCUGUAGAACAGAGUGAUCUAGGAAUAACGGUGCAUAGUUCCCUGAAGGUGGAAUCUCAUGUGGAUAGGGUGGUGAAGAAAGCUUUUGGUAUGCUGGCCUUUAUAAAUCAGAGCAUUGAGUAUAGGAGUUGGGAUGUAAUGUUAAAAUUGUACAAGGCAUUGGUAAGGCCAAAUAUGUAUUGUGUACAGUUUUGGUCACUGAAUUAUAGGAAAGAUGUCAACAAAAUAGAGAGAGUACAGAGGAGAUUUACUAGAACGUUACCUGGGUUUCAGCACCUAAGUUACAGGGAAAGGUUGAACAAGUUAGGUCUUUAUUCUUUGGAGCGUAGAAGGUUGAUAGAGGUAUUUAAAAUUGAGGGGGAUAGAUAGAGUUGACAUGGAUAGGCUUUUUCCAUUGAGAGUAGGGGAGAUUCAAACAAGAGGACAUGAGUUGAGAGUUAAGGGGCAAAAGUUUAGGGGUAACUCGAGGGGGAAUUUCUUUACUCAGAGAGUGGUCGCUGUGUGGAAAGAGCUUCCAGUAGAAGUGGUAUUGUCAUUUAAAGUGAAAUUGGGUAGGUAAAUAGACAGGAAAGGAAUGGAGGGUUAUGGGCUGAGUGCAGGUCGGUGGGUCUAGGCGAGAGUAAGCGCUCUUUCCCGCAGACGCUGCCUGGCCCGCCAAGUUCUCUCCAGCUGCCUCCCUCCCUUCCCGGCCGGCGCUCUCCCUCUGCCGAUGCACGUCUCCACCUCUUGCUUCCUAGACACAGGGGAACGUGCUAACGCCCUCCUCCCCUUCUCUCUGGAUUGACUCGCAGUUCAUAGCGUCGGGAAUCCUGUCCAUCUUGGCCGAGCGGCAUCCCCGGUUCAAAAUGUUACGAGCCUCAGUGACACUGAACACGCUCAGCGUGCUGCUGGCUGGGGCUGGCGUAGUGAUCCACACGGUUGACAUUGUGCAGUUCCCAGCCUGUCAGGGGGAUGAGCUUCUCUGUAACAGCACAGAUACCAUUGAGGUCAGUCAGAGUCCCCUCACCGUGGAGAGUGCUGAGGGACAAAGGGAUACGAGGGUAGGUCAUGCACUGUGAACGGUGUGGGGUGUCGAGGGACGGGGGGACCUCGGUGUACGAGGGUCGGACACACACCGUGAAUGGUGGGGAGUGUCGAGGGAC